AUGUCUUUUGAGUUGGGCGUGGAGACCUAGAGCAGUAGCCGAAGAAACGCACUUGCUAAGCACAUGUUCUGAUGAUCUGUCCUACAUGUACUGACGGAGGCCUGGCCCUGGGAUCGGAGCAGACAUAGGAACUGAACUAAUUCCAAGACAGAAACAGCCUCCGCCAGUCAAGAAACCCUCCAAAGUAUUUUGCCAUGGAUCUAGAAGAUGAAGAAAACCUGAGUUCGAGCAGCACAGAGGCUAAGGACAGCUGCAGUGUGGACCAUGGGCCCCUUGGGGACGGCGGUGCGCCGGGGCCGGCUGAUAGCUGCCUGUUCCCCAAUGGGGGCGGUGGCAUCCUCGGCAGGAAGCGGCCCCUGGACGAGGGCAGCAAUGGGCAUGCCAAGUUCCGCCUGAAGAAGAGGAGGAGGGCGCCGGGGCCGGCCCUGCCCAAGAACGCGCUGAUGCAGCUGAACGAGAUCAAGCCCGGCCUGCAGUACACGCUGCUGUCCCAGACGGGACCCGUGCAUGCGCCGCUCUUCGUCAUGUCCGUCGAGGUGAACGGGCAGGUGUUCGAGGGCUCCGGCCCCACGAAGAAGAAGGCCAAGCUGCAGGCGGCCGAGAAGGCCCUGCGGUCGUUCGUCCAGUUCCCCAACGCAUCCGAGGCCCACCUGGCCAUGGGGAGGAGCCUGUCCGCCAACACGGACUUCACGUCCGACCAGGCUGACUUUCCAGACACACUCUUCAACGGCUUUGAGACGCCGGACAGAUCGGAAGUGCCAUUUUACAUGGGCUCCAACGGAGAUGACUCCUUCAGCUCCAGCGGGGACCUCAGCUUGUCAGCGUCCCCGGUGCCCGCCAGCCUUGUCCAGCCUCCCCUCCCGGUCCUCCCACCGUUCCCACCGCCCAGCGGCAAGAACCCUGUGAUGAUCUUGAACGAGCUGCGCCCGGGUCUGAAAUACGACUUCCUUUCAGAGAGCGGGGAGAGCCACGCCAAGAACUUCGUCAUGUCUGUGGUCGUGGACGGCCAGUUCUUCGAAGGCUCGGGAAGAAACAAAAAGCUCGCCAAGGCCCGGGCCGCACAGUCUGCCCUGGCCACCAUUUUUAAUUUGCACUUGGAUCAAACACCAUCUCGCCAGCCUAUCCUCAGCGAGGGCCUCCAGUUACACUUACCACAGGUGUUAGCAGACGCCGUGGCCCGCCUGGUUCUGGAUAAGUUUGGUGAUCUGACAGACAACUUCGCCUCCCCCCACGCACGCAGGAAGGUUCUUGCUGGAAUCGUCAUGACAACAGGCACAGAUGUUAAAGAUGCCCAGGUGAUAUGUGUUUCCACAGGAACGAAAUGUAUUAACGGCGAGUACAUGAGUGACCGUGGCCUUGCUCUGAACGACUGCCACGCAGAGAUCAUAUCUCGGAGGUCCUUGCUUAGAUUCCUUUAUACGCAGCUUGAGCUUUACCUAAAUAGCAAAGAAGAUCAAAAAAAAUCCAUCUUCCAGAAGUCCGAGCGGGGAGGUUUUAGGCUGAAAGACACCGUCCAGUUCCAUCUGUACAUCAGCACCUCUCCCUGUGGAGACGCCAGGAUUUUCUCACCACAUGAACCAAUCCUGGAAGAACCAGCAGACAGACAUCCAAAUCGAAAAGCCAGAGGGCAGCUGCGGACGAAAAUAGAAUCUGGGGAGGGGACCAUCCCGGUGCGCUCGAAUGCGAGCAUCCAGACAUGGGAUGGGGUGCUGCAGGGGGAGAGGCUGCUCACCAUGUCCUGCAGCGACAAGAUGGCUCGGUGGAACGUGGUGGGCAUCCAGGGCUCCCUGCUCAGCAUCUUUGUGGAACCGAUUUACUUCUCGAGCAUCAUCUUGGGCAGCCUCUACCAUGGGGACCACCUCUCCAGAGCCAUGUACCAGCGAAUCUCAAACAUCGAAGACCUGCCCCCUCUGUACACCCUCAACAAGCCUCUGCUCAGUGGCAUCAGCAACGCGGAAGCACGGCAGCCAGGGAAGGCACCCAACUUCAGCGUUAACUGGACGGUGGGCGACUCGGCCAUCGAGGUCAUCAAUGCCACAACCGGCAAGGACGAGCUGGGCCGAGCGUCGCGCCUGUGUAAGCACGCGUUGUACUGUCGCUGGAUGCGUGUACACGGCAAGGUUCCCUCCAACUUACAGCGCUCCAAGAUCACCAAACCCAACAUGUACCAUGAGUCCAAGCUGGUGGCGAGGGAAUACCAGGCAGCGAAGGCCUGCCUGUCCCGGGCCUUCAUCAAGGCGGGGCUGGGCGCCUGGGUGGAGAAGCCCACAGAGCAGGACCAGUUCUCUCUCACGCCCUGACUGUCGGUGGGGACAUGGAGGUGCCCGGUGUCCAGCACUGUCCCUGGGCCUCCCAUCUGACCUGGGGAUGGGCGUACAGCUGGGGCAGGUGUGGGGCAGGGCCAGUGCGGCAAUCUGGCAGCUCUGGGGCACCACCUCCCCUCCCAUUGGCCCAGUGACCCAGUGACUGCUUUCAAUCUCAGUUUACGAUAGAAGUUGAGUUCUACUGAGUAGGGCUUCCUUACGCUUAGGAAAUAGCAAUUACUUCGUGUGAAAUUAUUGAAUAAAUAAUUUAUUCAGAGCUAGAAACAUGAUUUAUAAAAUGAGAAGUAAUUAUGCCAAGUCAAUCUUAUGCCACAUUAUUUUAAUUGCAAAUAAAACAUAUAUCUAUGGAGGAAGUGAGAAAGUAGAGGUAGGAAGUAGCAACCUAGAGAAAGCCCCCAUGUCCAUACUCCCCACACCCUGCACCCAGACAGGUCCCUGUAGCCUCAGCUGCUCCAGAAGCUUCUGUGCUCUCAUAGGAUCAUAUCACAAAAACCUUUCUUGGUUUACUUCUAAGUAAUGAGAUAUAAAUGGGGCCAUUUAUUUGGGUUUUGAAGCAGUAUUUAACUUUUAGGGACCAGCAGGAGUGCAUUGGGGCUGCUGCACAAUAACCAGCCUGACCUGCUCCUUCCUCUGAGUCUGACGGAUGCGAAUGACUGUCCAGAGGUCUUCAUGGGUCAGAAAGAGAAUUAAGUUCCUAGAUAUUCAUCUUGGAAAACACCACUUAAGGCACAUUUUAAAAUUAUUCUUUCCAGCUUUAUCAAAGACGUGUUUGAAAAAUAAGCAUGCAGGCGGAAAGCUGGCAGCACAGCGGGCCACGGGCAGAGUCACGGCAGGGAAGGGGUGCUGCUGGCUCUGGGGGCACCCAGGGGUCCUGCCCAGCACCCUACAGCACACAGGACGGCCCAGGGCAGGCUGAGCCAGGGAGUCAGGUGGGUCAAUGCCCUAGUGCCCCCACCCUGUGCUUAAAGACCCAUACCAGCUGCCUGUUGCUGCCACUCAGGGUCAGAGAGGAGCGGAUGGAGGAAGUGCUCCUACACUUGGCUGAUGCAUGGUUCUGGAGGGACCCAUGGGUUCCAUGGGGAGAGAUGGGGCACACCCCACUCCACAGUGAAGUCCAGGGUGUCAGCACCUGUGUGGCAUCGAGCUGUGUAUCCAGUGUCCUGUGUCCUUAGGCUCAGAAAGUGCAGAACAGGAGCAGAGCAUGGACUCCUGCAGUGAUCACAUCUGGUGGGGGGCGUGUGGCACAUUGCUGGGACUUCCCAGGUUCAGGGACAGCGUCGCUCACACCAGCAUUCUCCCCUUGUAUAAAUUGGUCGCUCAUCCCAAGCCAGUUGGAGGGCAGGCCCAGAUCCCCAUUGCGCAAGGUAUGGUCUGGUUAUGAUUUGCUGGCAUUUUCUUUCCACAUCCCAGGAAAGUGUCCUGUGGUGCCAGCCCCUCCCUCAGAACAUUGUGGGAGGCCCUGCAUCUUUCUUCUUCUCUCUAAAAAUGGUAUUUUUUCUAAUAGGGAUUGGGAGAUGGACUUAGUUUUUAAAAAAAAGAUGUGAUUUGACCACAAAGCCCAAUGAAAUACAUUCCAUAGACAUGGUCUGUCCUGUGUGUCUAGCCUUCCCUUCUGCCAGAUGCUGGUUGAAGUCAGCGUGAGUCUCCCUCCUGCCCCAGGUGAAUGGAUGCCUCACUGUGUGCUGUCCCUGUGGACCCCAAGCUGAGCACUGUUUCUGGGCCAGGUUUGUGCAGCCAGCCAGGGCAGGCCAGUUGCGGGGCUCUGCCCUGAGAGCACCCAAGCCUGGCCCGUGGUUGCCAGGGAGGAAGGCAGGAGGUCGGGAGGGUCAGGAGGCCUGCACAGCCCCUGCUCCUGGGACAGGGCAGCCCCUAGGACAGGACAGCUGGAACCACACCUCUGUGAGCAGGAAAGGAGGGCAGGUUGAUUAACCCCUGCAGGACACAGACAAAGCAGGAAAUCCAGCACUUUACACUGUCCCUCUGAGCUCAGUCAUUAGACACACAACUGUUUCCUUGAGGUGGUAAUUUGCAUCCAGUGUCCUCAAGCUGGACUUUAGAGACUUCAUAGAAAAGUUGGCACAACCAAGGACUUGGGUUUUUUGUUUGUUUGUUUGUUUGCUUGUUUUUUUGAGAGGAAUGUUAAGUGUUGAGGACUUCUGACCAGUGGGGGUCAGGGCGGUCUCUGUUCUGUUUUGUUAGCUAAACCCGAGUCAUAGUUCCACGAGAACACUGGUCAUUGUCCAGGCCGCCGGGCAGCCAUCCUGCAGGCGGGAAGGUGGGGUUGAAGGGAGGUCUCAGAUGGGGCAGCAGGGCUGUGACGUGAGCCAGGGCUCUUCCAGGCUGGGCCAAGGUCGGGGGACAUCAUCCCAGCCACGUGGCUCAGCCCUCAUCACCUGCUCAGGGUCAGCUUUCACCUCUUCUCAGGCAAGGGACACCAAAGAACUGCGCUUCUGAUUCCGGGUCUUCAUGUAGCUUUUCUUCAUCUUUUCCUAUUUUGGGGAUUUUUAUUGUCAUCAAAAAACAAUUGUUUUUAAAUGUCUGAGCCAGCAUCUCAGAAGGUAUUGAUUUCUCUGGAAUUUAUUUUUAUUCAGAUCAUUUCAUUGGUCUCCUGACUAUAGAAUCACUUGGUGAAGACGGCGCGCCUUGUGGACAGUAUUUCAAGUGGCCACACUGACGAGCCACGGCUCCCACCCCUCGCCGCAGGCCUGCGGAGGGGACUGGUGGCUGCCGUGCGAGGCUGCGGGCCCUGUCCUCAGAAAGCAACACAAAUACAACACGGAUGGCUUUUUUCAUCUGUAAAACAUUUACACCAAAAUAUAGGGUCUGCCCCAGGCAUAAAUUUGAUUUCAGCAAGAGAAAUAAAAUUAGCUGCUUUUCCAUCUCUGUAUUCUAUGAGAUCUCUGAGAAGGUUUCAUUUUAUUCCCCGACCGUGUAUGUGGGAGGGCAGGCGACUUGUGACCAUGUGUGUCCAGUUCUGUGUGCCCUUGUCCCUGGUGUGUCCUGUAACCACCUCUCCUCCCUGCAGCACACAGUAUGUCCACACACGGGGGGUGGGGAAGGGACUCUGGCCGCGUGGGCUGCAGUUCCUUUCACUGUUGGAGGGACGAGCCCCCGCCCCAGGAGCACCUGUUCGGGCUCCAUCGUGGGCCAGGGGUGCGUGAGGAACUGAGGGCGUCCUGGACAUGACCAGGGGCAACAGAAGGCCCAGUAUGUGGACUGUUGGUGGGUGAGCCCCAAAAGCUCUUGGCUUCUCCGGACUUUAGGUUGUAUGCUUUUCACUUGAUUCAGAAUUUGGACAUUUAUAUGAAUGUAAUUCAGCCAAGGAACCAUCGCUGACACACUCAGUGUUCUCCUUUGUAUAUUGUGUACAUACCACACCCGCAUGAACUCCUCGCGCUGAGACCGAGCAUGAGACGCUGUCUGUAGACAAAGGGUUUCAACAUCCUUAAUAAAACAAAGCGUUUCACCACCGCA